AUGACUGGCUUGAAAGUAACUUUCUUUAAGCAUAGCAUUGAACUGGGCGUUGUUUACCACCAUUUUAAGGUAGAGUCGAGGGACGCUCAAAUUCAACUCGAGAUUAAAGAUAGAUUCAGUAACAUGAAAGCCCUAAGGGACCUACUCAAAAGGCGAUUUCCAGCCACUAAAUUUCCUAAUUUUCCACCUAGAGCUAUUUUGAAUUCUCUGACUACAUCUAAUAUUAAGAAAAGAUAGGAGAAGUUGUAAAAGUUUUUCGAUGAAUUAUUGCUUAUCAAAUCAGAAGAAGUAAGCUAAGAAGUAACAAGAUACAUUCUUGACCUAAUCGAUGGACUUUAAAGCAGAAGGGAAAGAACAGAACUGACCCAGUAAUAAUUGCAAGAGCUUGAGAAAUCAUUUAUAGUAAUAGAUGAUUAUGAAAGCAACUGUCAUAAAGAUAGUGACACAAAUCUUCUCAAGAUCUAUUAAUCUAACAAAAGUUUCAUUAUGUCAGAGUAAGAGCUCAAGCAAGACUUGACUAAUCAGACUGAAUUGGACUUAAUAGAUAUGUCAACUAAAGAUAGUGAAUAUGAGCUAAGGUCAACGUUUAAAAAAUCUAAAUAUUCAAUAGAAGAGCCAAAUAUUAAUUAAGCAGAGACCUUUGAUCAAUAAACUUUUAACUAAGAAGCACAGAGAAUUAUGAAAGAGACUCAACUCUCGAUGAUGGACCUUAACUUCAACAUGGAAUCAUAUACUAUGUACAUGAAGAAGUAGAAUGAAGGGGAAAAGUUAAAAAGCCAAUUGAGAACCCUUUAAAUAGAUUUUAAAACUGCGUUCUUCGAUAUCCCUAAAGGGAAUGAUAAUAACUUUGAAUCAUUAAAAUAAGCUGAAUAUAACCUCUAAAAAUAAAUUAAACAACUAUGCAAGCAUAUCUAAUAAUGCAAGGACAUCAUGAAUGGCGAAUUCAUGAGAGAGCUCAUCAGUGAAGAUAUGAUGGCAAAGUUUUGA